AUGGCUCUAACUGACGAUUCAUCGUCCUUUGAACGAGAAUUACCUCCUCCACCUAUCUCAACCAGCAGACAGGCCUCCAUUCAAUCACUACACUCUCUAUCCGAUGCCCCUGAUCAUAGUACAGAUUAUCGCAGCAGCUUCACUCGUGAUCGAUCCAGCCGCGAAUCAAGGCGUUCAUUUCACAACGAAAUAGAGUUACGCUUCCAACAAAUGCAUAGUCGCUUGCAAGCAGAAAAGCGACGCGCUGAAGUUGCAGAGAGGCGAGCUGAAGAUGCCGAGCGAAAAUUGCGAGAAAUUACCGGCCAUCUGAAGGCUAUAAACGAUGCCAGACUUGAAACCCUGCGAGAUGCUGGUAGAGCACAUGAAGAGCUAAAGCAAGUGCUUUACCGCGUGCAGCUGGAUAAUGCCCAGCAGGAGAUUUAUAGAGCCCAAGAUAUUAUUGGUGUUGUCGACAGACAAAGAUAUAACGCGGAAAAAGAUGCUGAGAAGCAGAGAAGAAAGGCACGCCAAUUACAAGAGACUGUGCUGAUCCAAAAAGCCCGUGAAGAGGCUUUCCAGCAAGGUCUUCAGGAGGGUUUGGCAAGAGGAAGAGAGCUAACAUUCGGAGAGUUUCAAUAUCAUGGCGGAGAAGAAGUUAGAGAGCAUCCACAUCGAGAACGCGUUGACGACAACUAUUCACCCCAAGGUAGUCGAUCAUCAUCGCCUGAGCGUAACCCUCCCAAUCAUGCAUACCCUUCAAUGGCAAGAUCCAUCGCACCGAGCGACCAUUCAAGAGCGCCGACUAGAAUUCGUGCAUCUCCUUUGCCAGCUAAUUCUCCACUUCCAAUUAACCCACCUGUUCAACCACUUCCUCAUCCAGCUGGUCCAUCAAUUGCCCCUCCAAGCAUACAUCCUAGCGAGAAAAGUCGUCCGCCAAGCGUGCGGAAUGUUGGCCUCCCAGUACAUCCUCCUGAAACUGUUCGGCCAGUAAGCAUAAGGAAAGCUCCAAGCAUAAACGAAAGUAUUCGGCCAACGAGCGUAUGGAACGCUCCUUCGCUGCAUGGUUCUGAAAAUAUUCAUCCAAUACCCAUACGAAACAUAUCACAUACACCUCGUCUAAGCAAUGCCAUUAUACCCCCAGAUAACCUUAUACCGUCCAUGGAUGCCGAUAAUAGAAUCAGGAUACCUCCCCCUUUUGAAUUCCAAAGCGAUUUCCAGAAAACUCCCGAACCAUCAGUGUCAGAGUUACCAGUAAUGCCUGAAGCAAGCUUAGAACCUGUACCUAUACCUCCUCGAGUCGCACAACAACGAAAGCACAAUUCUCACAGCCGAAAUUCUUCCUCUGGUUCCAACUCGUCUUCUUUGUCGCAACUUGAUAUCGUUAACUUCAACCCGGCCCUUCGAACCCCAAUGAGCGUCAUCCCUGAAGUCAACAGCGUCUAUAGUGGCAGUCCACAACCACGAUCCGAAGCCACAGCUCAGAGCGUACGCCAUCAACCUUCUCUUGGAGGAAACUCGUUUAAGCACUUUCCGGCGACUGUUAAUACUCCUGGCCCCGAGAACCAAAGCCAGUUUAGACCUCGCUCGAGGUCUAGUUUUGCACCUUCCAUGGCGGAACAUCCUACACAGUCUCGGCGUGAAUCACGUAUCUCAACUUCCAGUACGGUACCCAAUAUCGACAUUCAAGCUCCCUCAAACACGGCAUCUAUAAAAACAGAUUCUCAAUGGGGUGAGGGGUCAGGCAGAGGAGCAACCCCCUCCUCGCAACAUGCCUCUUUACCCAAUAUCAUCGAAUCAGAAGAACAAGGGUCCAAUGCCUCUGCCUACAGCUACGGUGAAAUGCCUGGAAGUUAUGUUAAUAUCAACUCAUCUGCUAUGAUGGACCCGCCGAUUAUUCCGAAAAAUAUAGAUUUUGACGAAGAAUACAAAGAUGAUGACGCAGUCUCUUCUGCUCUAAGUGCAGAUACAUUGACCACACCUCCCGGAUACCACAAAAAGCUAUGA